AAUUGCCCAAAACGUUGGAAUUAACGGACGGAGAGUAGACGGACGCCAUUGGAGCCGCUUCUUUUUCUCUCUCCUCUCUCUGUGGGUUUUUUGGAGGCGCCGAACCUCUGCGUCCUAGAGAGAGGGAGUGGCGAGACAUUCGUCCGUCUCCAACCUUAUUUCUUCAACUCUCUCUCUAGCUUUUUCUCUCUAGAGCUUUCUGGUUCUUCUUUACAUCGCAGAGAGCUGUGAAGACCUUGAGUCUUUGGCUGUGUUGGUCUUCGCUAUGUGCUGCUACUCCAUUUAGGUUUUACUCACCAAGGAAGAGGAGAAGGAACUUGCCGACCUUGGAGGAAAGAUAAAGGUGCGUUUUUGGCCGUGUCUGAAUGGAACGGACAGAAAAGGAUGUCGGGAAUGGGAAGGACAGGGACCUGAUUGGUGAAAAUGGGUUCUUGAAAGGCGCACAGCCUUCUCCUAGUACUAGUGGCUCUCUCAUUUGUCUCACGAGUUUCGAAGGGAAAGAUGCUCUUUCUUAUGCCAACAUUCUCCGAUCGAGAAACAAGUUUGUUGAUGCGCUUGCACUUUAUGAGAAUGUCUUGGAGAAAGAUGCUGGGAAUGUGGAAGCUCAUAUUGGAAAAGGGAUAUGCCUACAGAUGCAGAACAUGGGAAGGCUUGCCUUUGACAGUUUUGCGGAAGCCAUCAGGUUGGAUCCCCAGAAUGCCUGUGCACUCACGCACUGUGGUAUUUUGUACAAAGAUGAGGGCCGCCUAGUAGAUGCUGCUGAGUCAUAUCAGAAGGCUUUAACAGCGGAUCCUUCGUACAAACCAGCCGCUGAAUGCCUAGCCAUUGUAUUGACAGAUCUUGGAACCAGCUUAAAGCUUGCUGGCAAUACUCAGGAGGGAAUUCAGAAAUAUUUUGAAGCUUUAAAAAUUGAUCCGCUUUAUGCACCCGCAUAUUACAACCUUGGUGUUGUUUACUCCGAAAUGAUGCAAUAUGAUGUGGCUCUUAAUUACUAUGAGAAGGCUGCAUCAGUGAGGCCUAUAUAUGCUGAAGCAUAUUGCAAUAUGGGUGUCAUUUAUAAGAAUCGUGGUGAGUUGGAGACAGCUAUUGCUUGUUAUGAGAGGUGUUUGGCCGUUUCACCAAACUUUGAGAUUGCAAAGAACAACAUGGCUAUAGCCUUGACAGACUUAGGAACAAAGGUUAAAUUGGAGGGAGACAUUAAUCAAGGUAUAGCGUACUACAAGAAGGCUUUGUACUAUAAUUGGCACUAUGCUGAUGCGAUGUAUAAUCUUGGAGUUGCUUAUGGUGAAAUGCUCAAGUUCGACAUGGCUAUUGUAUUUUACGAACUUGCUUUCCACUUUAAUCCCCAUUGUGUGGAGGCAUGUAAUAAUUUGGGAGUGAUAUACAAAGACAGAGACAAUCUCGACAAAGCAGUAGAGUGUUAUCAGAUGGCUCUGUCAAUCAAGCCAAAUUUCUCACAGUCAUUGAACAAUCUUGGUGUUGUCUACACUGUUCAGGGGAAAAUGGAUGCUGCAGCAAGCAUGAUUGAGAAAGCCAUUAUUGCAAAUCCAUCAUAUGCAGAAGCAUAUAAUAACUUGGGUGUUCUUUAUAGAGAUGCUGGCAAUAUUUCUCUAGCUGUGGAUGCUUAUGAAAGAUGUCUCAACAUUGAUCCUGAUUCUCGAAAUGCAGGCCAGAAUCGAUUGCUUGCUUUGAACUAUAUAAAUGAAGGAAAUGAUGAUAAACUUUUUGAGGCUCACAGGGAUUGGGGUAGGCGCUUUAUGAGGUUAUAUCAACAAUACACUUCAUGGGACAACCCCAAGGAUCCAGAGCGGCCCCUUGUGAUUGGAUAUAUAUCUCCUGAUUAUUUUACUCAUUCUGUGUCAUAUUUCAUAGAAGCUCCCCUUUCACAUCAUGACUAUGCGAACUACAAGGUGGUGGUUUAUUCAGCAGUUGUGAAGGGGGAUGCAAAAACUACCAGGUUUAGAGACAAGGUGUUAAAGAAGGGCGGGAUUUGGAGAGAUAUCUAUGGGAUUGACGAGAAAAAGGUUGCAAGCAUGGUUAGAGAAGAUAAAAUAGAUAUCUUGAUUGAACUUACCGGUCAUACAGCCAACAAUAAGUUGGGAACAAUGGCAUGCCGACCUGCACCAGUUCAGGUCACUUGGAUUGGUUACCCAAACACUACUGGCUUGCCAACAAUUGAUUAUAGGAUUACUGAUUCACUAGCAGAUCCUCCUAAUACAAAACAGAAGCAUGUUGAGGAGUUGGUUCGAUUACCAGAAUGCUUCCUUUGUUAUACGCCCUCCCCUGAGGCUGGUUCUGUAUCUCCUACUCCUGCUCUCUCCAACGGAUUCAUUACAUUUGGUAGCUUUAAUAAUUUAGCUAAGAUUACACCUAAAGUGUUGCAAGUUUGGGCAAGGAUAUUGUGUGCAGUUCCAAAUUCUCGCCUCGUGGUGAAAUGUAAGCCUUUUUGUUGCGAUAGCGUGCGACAAAGAUUUAUUUCGACAUUGGAGCAGCUGGGUUUGGAGCCACUACGCGUUGAUCUUCUGCCUCUAAUUUUACUCAACCAUGAUCACAUGCAAGCCUAUUCUCUUAUGGACAUAAGCCUGGAUACUUUUCCAUAUGCUGGAACAACUACAACGUGUGAAUCUUUAUACAUGGGAGUUCCAUGUGUUACUAUGGCGGGUUCAGUACAUGCUCAUAAUGUUGGUGUGAGUCUUCUCAGCAAAGUUGGGUUGGAACGUUUGAUUGCCAAAAACGAGGAUGAGUACGUACAAUUGGCACUGCAGUUGGCUUCUGAUUUUACAGCACUAUCAAAUCUGAGGACGAGUCUUCGAGACCUUAUGGCCAAGUCCCCUGUGUGUGAUGGACCGAACUUUGCUCGCGGCUUGGAGUUGACAUACCGGGACAUGUGGCGCAGGUACUGUAAAGGUGAUGUCCCAUCUUUAAGGCAGAUGGAAAUGCUACAACAACAUGUCGUUCCUGAAGAACCAAUCACAAAAGUCUCAAAAGAAGGCCCUCCCAAUUCUAUUAAGAGCAAUGGGUUUAAUGUCGCUCCACCCUCAACGCAUCUGUCCAGUGGUGAAGAAAAUGGAGUUUAGUCCACUGCAAACCUUAAAGCGAGCUGACCGAAACCAAACCUGAUCGUUAAAGAUCUGAGGCUUUGAGAUUUGGGAGAUGGGUUUGGUCUGGACUUGUAGUCAUCUUGUUGGGUUGCAGAGAACACCUCAAGUACCUAAACUGUGUCUGUUGCAAUUGAAGCUGGUUGAUAUAUCGCCGUAACUGUCGGUUUCAUUACUUAAGGUCACAUUCUUUUGAGUAAACGGUGCUGACAAGGAGUCAGCCUGAUAUCUGGCUGCAUGAAAAAGAAUUAAGAAACAGAGGAUUGGAAAAGACCAGAAGCUAUAAGUUGAUAUUUUAUAUAGCUGAUUUUUACUGAACACUAGGAUUGGUAUUUGUAAAUCAUUAGGUGAAUUUUAUUUAUUUAAAGGCUGCAUUUUAUUUUUGA